AUGGAAAGCCUAUUCCGUACGGAAAGGAGUGGAACUCCUAAUGCAAUGAUUGUACUCCAGGGUAAUCGUCAGACCGUUAUCACCAACAAAGAGGGCAUUGGAUUGCAUUUGAAACGUUCAAACUAUUGGUAUUUGAAGGGCUUUGGAAUUUCAAAUUCCAGAAAAGAAAAUAUGGAUGAGGAGGGCAUUCAUGUCUACGACGACAGCUGUGAUAAUAUCAUCCGCGAGUCCAGUAUAGCAAUGACUGGACUCAAGUCUGCCUCACACGGCGAGGCCAUUGUUGUCGGCCGUGAUUUCAGGCAUUGGUUUAGUCGACAGCCCGACCAAAGCGAUCGCAACAUUAUAAUCAACAAUAGAUUGGGGCCCGGAUUCUCCACAGAAGCCAUUGUGUUGAAUGAGGGCUCGUGUUGUGGUUUAUUGGCCCGAAACCAGUUUGACGGCAACGGUAUGAGCGACCGAAACGGCUACGGGUGUUGGGUUAAAAUCAAAGGCGAUAGAUAUCGUAUUGACAAUAAUAGAGGCACCGCUUCUAUCAGCGAAGGCUUUAUGGUAAUCAGACCCCAAGAAAGUAACAGUUUAUUGAAAAGUGAUUUGAUUGUGGAUAUGGGCGGCUGUGACAACAUUUUUGAACACAAUUCUUGUAAUUUGCAAUCUAAUGGAUAUUGCAUUAAAGUAGUGAAUGAAGACAUGUGCGGGAAUAUAGUGUAUUCAGACAAUGCAUACAGUGAUGGUCUGGCGCUAACCAAUAUUCCCAUCACUCGUAGAAAGCGUUCCUAUAAAUUGAUAUUGGCUCUAAUGCUAUACUUUAGACCCAAUUCUUUCAAGAAUCUGAAUCUUAUAUAG